AUGUCAGAGCAACAGUAUGCUGAAAAGCUUGAACUUAAAUCCGAUAAAUUUUCAUGUCUAUUGGAUGAUGGUAAACAUUAUGCAACUCUAUCAUUUGAAAAGAAAAAGUAUCAUCAACGUGAUCACCAUGAAAUUUCCGAAGUGACUCCAACUCAUAUCUAUGAAUUCUAUCACAUUGAAGUACCACAAGCAUACAGAGGAAAAGGAAUUGCCAUGCCUUUUGCGAAAGCAUGUUUCGAUUAUGCUCUCCAACACAAUUGGAAAGUAAAGGUAACAUGCACCUAUCUGAGAGAAAAGUUUCUUGGAUUGCACAGUGGCCAUUACAAGAGUAUUCUUGUGGAAUAG